CCACAAACACGGUUUCCUUGUUUUGUUUACUUCCACAAUCAGCUGGUAGACGAGAGAUAUAGGGAAUUAUAUUUCCGAUCAGUUCUAUUUACUGUGCAGAAUCAGCGAUCUGCAUUUAUUCCUCCUUAACGCGGCGGUGGCUGUUUCAAUGCAUUUCAGAGAACUGAAAUCUCCGUGGAGAUGGACACAAAUGAUCUGUUUACGAGCUGCAGGAAGGGCGACAUUUCUAGAGUGAGGUAUCUUGUUGAGCAGAGAGAUGUUGAACUGAAUGUGAGAGACAAAUGGGACAGUACCCCUUUGUAUUAUGCAUGUCUCUGUGGACAUGAGGAACUGGUUCAGUAUCUUCUGGCAAAUGGGGCAAAGUGUGAGGCCAACACUUUUGAUGGAGAGAGAUGUUUGUAUGGGGCUUUGAGUGAUGCCAUCAGAAGGUUACUGAAGGAAUACAAGCGCAUCACUGCCAAAAGCAUGCAGAGGGAUUACUAUGAUGACUUCCUACAGAGAUUGCUUGAGCAGGGUUACUACAAUGACAUUGUGUUCAUUGUGCAUGGGGAGUCCUUCAGUGCGCAUCGCUGUAUCCUGAGUGCACGCUCAGAGUACUUCACAGAAAUGUUUGAAACCAAAUGGAAGGGGAAGAAUGUCAUUGCCCUGAAGCACCCACUGAUUAACCCUGCAGCUUUUGGGUCCAUCCUGCAAUACUUUUACACUGGUCGAUUAGACAUAGAUGUGGGUUAUGUGGAGGACUGCAAAAGACUUGCCAAGCAGUGCAAAAUGAACGACCUAAUAGAGGAACUGGAGAACAAGUGCAAACAAGUGUAUGAAUUUGUGUCUUCUAAGCCUGGAACCUGUGUAAAAGUCCUUACACUGGAACCCCAGAAUAACUGUCAGCUACAGGAAGACCUGGCUAUAUUAGCAGACUGUGCAUUACCUGCUGAGCUCCGGGUGGGAUUUGGAGAGUUGCCUUUUGACAGAACAGACAACUUUACAAGUUACCCUGACAUCUGCUUCCAAGUUGACGGUUAUGGUUUCCUUUGUCAUAAGGUGUUCUUCUGUGGCCGCAGCGAUUACUUCAAGGCUCUGCUGGAGGACCACUUCAGUGAGAGUGAGGUGUUACAGUCUCAGCCCUGUAUCCCCGUCGUUACCCUCCACAACAUCUCAGAAGACAUCUUCAUCCGAGUCCUCUACUACAUCUACAGUGACGACACAGAGCUGUCUCCGGAGAAUGUGUAUGACGUUCUGUGUGUAGCCGAUAUGUACCUGUUGCCGGGGUUAAAGAGGCUGUGCGGCAAAACCCUGGCUCAGACCAUAAGGGAAGAGAAUGUCCUCAGUAUCUGGAAGACCGCCAAACUGUUCCGGCUAUCACGCUUGGAGGACCAGUGCACUGAGUACAUGGCCAAGAUCAUCGAGAAGCUUGUGGAGUCAGAAGAGUUUGCAGAGAUGAUAAAGGAAGAUGCGAGCACAGUAGAGGCACGGCAGGAAACAGACUCCAUCCCACUGGUUGAUGACAUUCGUUUCCACAUCACCAGCAAUGUGCAGACAUAUAGUGCCAUUGAGGAGGCCAACCAGAAACUAGGGGAUCUGGAGCAGUUGCUGGCAAAUAUUGGGCUGGAAUGUUAAGUAUUUCCUUGGAUCUUCCUAUCCUAACAAAUGCUUCACUUGAAAAUGCUCCCCAAAUGUUUUGGGAAGCCAGUUACAUCAACUCUUUCUAGGUACAAGCUGUUGCAACCACUGUCCCACACCCCUGUUGAUAAAAAUAUGUUUUAUUACUUGCACGUUUAUAGAACAUAAGCUUGCACACAAACAAUAUCUUGUCAAAGGUCACAGGCAGAAAUAUAAACCACUGUUCUUCAUUAGAUGUUCCACAUCAAUAGGUCAGGGCUCUCGUGUUGAAAAGUGAUGUAGUUUGAAUGCACAAAUGUUUGAUAUAUUUUAAAAGGAAUGCAUGACAUGGUGUUCUUUCAGAAUUAUUUACCAUAAGAUGCAAUGCACAUUAUUCUGCAUCUUAUAUUGCCUUUUUUGUUAUUACAGCUUUUUGAGUUGUGCUAGUCCUCGGGGUGUUUUCCCACUUUUGUAUUUCUGAAUUACUUUUCAGCUACAAAGUCAAAUUUAUUAGCUGUAAUCUAUGCAUAGUCCUAGAUAAAUCCUGCAACAAGAUUCUUUAAAUUCAGUAACAAAAUAUAGUCAUGUUAAUUAAAUUGGAAAGCUUGUGUUAUAUUAAAAAUUAAAAAAUUAAGUCUAAAUUAAUUACUUGAAGAAGAGGGAGUUCAAUAAGAAACAAAAAUUAAAACCACCUUUUUUUAUUGUCAUAGAGGUAUAAUGAACAGGCUGUAUUUCUUUUUUCAGAGUACUUGAAAACUGCUUAUACUUAUACAUCUGCUUAACUACAGUCUGUGCACUAUAUAUUUCACUUUAUGAAAAAAUUAAACCAUAAAAAUGAUUUGUCUUCUUCUUUUUAA